AUGGUGGCAGUGGAGAAGAGUGAUGUGAAGAUUUGUUGUGACGUUGCGAAUGAAACCAAAAUUAUGAACACACUCAUCAAGCUAACUCUUACCGUCACAACAAAUCUUCACAUCACUCUUCUCCACUGCCACCAUACCGUCACCGUCAAAACAAUUACUAUCCUCAAAACAGACAAAGACCCCCCACUCACUUCCAAAAUAAUUAUGACAGACUACACUCUUCACCGAAUAGAUACAGAGUAUCACACAACUACAAGACAUCUAACCAUCACACCAAAAAGUAUCACAAAUCACCAGACUAUCAAAAUUUCCCUCACCGCACUACCACAAAUAAGCCCAGUUACACUCAAUCCACAACACCUACACCAAGACCCCAAAGACCUAGAUUUGGCCACAAACAUCCAGAUGCUCCCAAAUCACCACCUAAUUACUCUCACAACAACAGGCCCUAUUGAAGUUUUCGAAAAACUGGUUCUCAAAGAUUUCGAUAAAAUUAAACACAAUAAGUAUGACCAUCAAAACCUCACUCAGAAAGAAUGGAAAGCGUUAAAAGAACUUCAAAAAGAUGACGAAAUCGUCAUAAAACCCGCCGAUAAAGGUGGGGGUUUAGUUAUUUUAUCUAAGUCCAUGUACAUAAAAGAAGCCUAUCGUCAGCUUAAUGACGUUGAGACAUCCAUAAAUUCAUUCGAAAAACUUUGCCUAAAGAAACAUUUUAAAAAAUUCCCUACCAAUGAAUUAAGAGAUACCAACAGUGACAAUUUUAUACACACAAAUCUGAAAGACAAAUCCCAUUUUUUUCCCAAAAAUCACAUUAGUGGCGAAAUGAAGGUUUUUGAGAAAUUGGUUACUAAUGAUGUGAGACAAAUAUCUAAAAAGAAAAGAAAUAACCUAAAUUAUUCCCAAACUAAAGCUUUGAGAGAUCUUCAACAAGAUCAUAAUAUCGUUAUUAAGCCAGCAGACAAGGGUGGGGGCAUCGUUGUGCUGAAUGUUGCGGAUUACAUGGAGGAAGUAUACAGACAGCUCAACGAUGCCUCCACCUAUACCAAACUUAAAGUGGAUCCUACUCCAGAAAUAAGAAAGAAAUAUACAUCAUUAUUAAGUAAGGGUAUGGAAGAUGGAAUUCUCAACAAGCAGGAAUAUAAAUAUCUAAAUGUCUCGACGACUACCGAUCUCUUGAAUUGGAAGACCCACAAUUCCUCGUACACUGAGAAACCACAAGCUAUGACCGAUCUGUUCACCUCGAUAGUUCAGACACAUAACCCGACAUGGGCUGAUUGCCAGCAGUUAUUAAUGACUUUGUUCAAUAAUGAGGAAAGGACAAGGAUUAAUCAAGCGGCCAUUAAAGCGCUAGAGGAUAGAGCCCGUGCUUUGAAUCAAGCCAAUGCAGCAGCAUGGGCCGCAACACAUUAUCCUAACACCGAUCCCGACUGGAAUGUAAAUGGCGCAGAUAUGGUUCAACUCAGAGCCUAUAGAGACGCUAUAAUUGCUGGCAUGAAAGCCGGAGGGAAGAAAGCCAUUAAUAUGUCGAAGACAGUUGAGGUGAUUCAGAAAAGUGAUGAAGCGCCCAGUGUCUUUUAUGACCGAUUAUUGGAGGCAUACCGCUUGUAUACCCCCUUUUAUAUGCCUGAAUGUCCAGUCCAAUUGCUGGGACGUGAUAUGCUAUCUAAAUUACAAGCGCAGAUUACGUUCCUACCAAAUGGAACAACAUCCUUAAAGUUUAAUGGACCUUCAGGUAUUAUGACAUUAUCCGUACCAAAGGAAGAAGAGUGGCGACUUUAUACAGCGUUGAUUAGCCAAAACCCUAGGAGUGAUGAGUCCUUAUUCAACAUACCAGGAGUUUGGGCAGAGAACAACCCACCAGGACUGGCCCGCAAUAUUCCACCUAUUAAAAUCGAACUAAAACUUGGGGUUUAUCCAGUGAGCCUCAGACAAUAUCACAUCCCGCAGAAGGCUAAGAAGAACAUCCAAUCUUAUCUGGAUAAGUUCAUACGGUAUGGUAUCCUAAAAUUCUGUACUUCCCCCUGGAACACCCCAUUGCUGCCUGUUCAAAAGCCCGGUACAGAUGAGUAUCGACCUGUGCAGGACUUGAGAGCAGUCAAUGAUGCGGUUGUUAGUAUACAUCCAGUUGUACCCAAUCCAUAUAACCUGCUUGCUUUAAUUCCGCGCGGGGCUACCUAUUUUACAGUCUUAGACCUCAAAGAUGCCUUCUUUUGCCUCCGAAUUGCCGCAGAAAGUCAAUGUAUCUUCGCUUUCCAAUGGGAAAACGCUGUAACGGGCUCAAAACGCCAAAUGACCUGGACAAGACUGCCCCAAGGGUUUAAAAAUUCACCUACCCUAUUUGGUUCAGCUCUAAGUCAAGAUCUACUGGAUUUCGAGUCUAUCCCAGGAGAGUGCGUAUUGUUACAAUAUGUAGAUGACUUGUUGAUAGCAGCAGUUACAAAGGAAAUAUGUCAGCAAGUAACGCACGAUCUACUACACAUUCUCUGGAAGGCAGGAUACAAGGUGUCUAGAAAGAAGGCUCAGUUGUGUUUGCCAACUGUCAAAUAUCUGGGAUUCCAUAUCUCUGAAGGUCAAAGAAUUAUGGGGCCAGAGAGAAAAGAAGCUGUGUGCCAAAUACCGAUAACCAAGAAUAGAAGACAAGUGCGAGAAUUCUUGGGGGCAGCAGGCUUCUGUAGGAUAUGGAUUCCCAGCUACGCGAUACUGGCAAAACCUCUGUAUGCAGCUAUCAAAGGUACAGAGCACGACCCCUUCUUAUGGACUCAAGAACAGCAAACGGCAUUUGAAGAUGUGAAGAAGGCUUUGAUGAGUGCCCCAGCAUUAGGUCUACCUGAUCACACACGACCAUUCUACCUGUAUGUACAUGAGCAAAGAAGAAUGGCUGUGGGAGUAUUGACACAGUACUUGGGAUCAUGGCAAAGACCUGUUGCAUAUAUGUCUAAGCAACUGGAUGCAGUGGCCAGCGGACUUCCACCUUGUCUAAGAGCAGUAGCUGCAGCCGCCCUGCUAGUAGCUGAAGCCGAUAAACUCACUCUGGGUCAAGAACUUUAUGUACGAGUCCCACAUGCAGUACAGACGUUGUUGGAUUACAAAGGAAAUCAUUGGUUUAGUAACAGCCGUAUGACCAAGUAUCAAGCAAUGUUGUGUGAAAACCCAAGAGUGCAUUUAGAGACUGUAAACACCUUAAAUCCAGCUACCCUUUUGCCACAACCUACUGAAAGUCAACAUGAUUGUUUGGAAGUAAUGGAUGAAGUAUUUUCAAGUAGACCAGAUCUUCGUGAUGUUCCCAUCCAGAACCCCGAUGUUCAAUAUUACACCGACGGCAGUAGUUAUGUGAAAGAAGGGAUCCGCUAUGCAGGAUAUGCAGUAACAACAAUAGACAAGGUGAUAGAAGCUCGGCCACUGGCGAAAGGAACAUCAGCACAAAAGGCAGAAUUGAUAGCACUGACACGAGCGUUACAAUUGGCUGAAGGUUUAAGAGUGAACAUCUACACGGACUCCAAGUAUGCGUUUUUAACCACUCAUGCCCACGGAGCUUUGUAUAAAGAAAGAGGACUAUUGAAUUCAGAAGGCAAAGAAAUCAAGUAUGCAGCUGAAAUCCUACAACUAUUGGAAGCAGUGUGGGAGCCGAAAGAAGUCGGUAUCAUACAUUGUCGAGCGCAUCUGAGAGGAGAUGGUGAUGUAACCAAAGGAAAUCGGAUGGAUAAUCUGAUAUUGGGGCUAUACUUUGAACUGAAACCUUAUUGGGAAAACUCUGCAAAUCUCUUUCCUUGGCCUCCCAAUGCUCAUCUGACCUCACAGUGCUGCUCUGACAUCACUAUGCUCCUCUUAGCUGACAGUGCUGCUACUGCUCCACUUAGUCAUUGCACUGCAUAG